GUGGGGCGGCGCGUGUUGACAGCGGCGGCGGCGGAGCCGGGCGGGCGGCGGGAGUCGGCGCCUCGGGUUCCUGCCCCUGGUCUCGCGGCGGUGCGGACGGGCGUCCCGGGAUGGCCUUCAUGGAGAAGCCGGCGGCCGGCAAGGUGCUGCUGGACGACACGGUGCCGCUGACAGCAGCCAUCGAGGCGAGCCAGAGCCUGCAGUCCCACACGGAAUAUAUCAUUCGGGUACAAAGAGGAAUUUCUGUGGAAAACAGUUGGCAGAUUGUUAGGCGAUACAGUGACUUUGAUUUGCUGAACAACAGCCUGCAGAUUGCAGGCCUAAGCCUACCUCUUCCUCCGAAAAAAUUGAUUGGUAACAUGGAUCGUGAAUUCAUAGCUGAGAGGCAAAAAGGUCUUCAGAACUAUCUCAACGUCAUCACCACAAAUCACAUCUUGUCUAAUUGUGAGCUGGUUAAGAAAUUUUUAGAUCCAAACAACUACUCCACAAACUACACGGAGAUCGCUUUACAACAGGUUUCCAUGUUCUUCCGAUCGGAACCCAAGUGGGAGGUGGUGGAACCGCUGAAAGACAUAGGUUGGAGGAUAAGGAAGAAAUAUUUCUUGAUGAAGAUUAAAAAUCAGCCGAAGGAGCGCCUAGUGUUAAGCUGGGCUGACCUUGGCCCCGACAAGUAUCUGUCAGAUAAAGAUUUUCAGUGUCUAAUCAAACUUCUGCCUUCCUGUUCGCACCCGUAUAUCUAUCGCGUUACCUUCGCCACAGCUAAUGAAUCCUCAGCGUUGCUAAUUAGGAUGUUUAAUGAAAAAGGAACUUUGAAGGACCUGAUCUACAAGGCAAAACCAAAAGAUCCAUUCCUAAAGAAGUACUGCAGCCCAAAGAAGAUUCAGGGCCUUGAACUCCAGCAAAUAAAAACAUAUGGAAGGCAAAUAUUAGAGGUACUAAAGUUUCUGCAUGACAAGGGAUUUCCUUAUGGGCAUCUUCAUGCCUCCAAUGUGAUGCUGGAUGGGGACACCUGCCGGCUGCUGGACCUUGAGAAUUCCUUAUUGGGCCUUCCUUCCUUCUACCGAUCUUACUUCUCACAAUUCAGGAAAAUCAAUUCGCUGGAAAGUGUGGACGUCCACUGCUUUGGCCACUUACUAUAUGAAAUGACGUAUGGACGACCGCCAGACUCGGUGCCUGUGGACUCCUUCCCUCCUGCACCGUCUAUGGCUGUGGUGGCCGUGUUGGAGUCUACGCUGUCUUGUGAAGCCUGUAAAAAUGGCAUGCCUACCGUCUCCCGGCUCUUACAAAUGCCAUUAUUCAGUGAUGUUUUACUAACCACUUCUGAAAAGCCACAGUUUAAGAUCCCCACAAAGUUAAAAGAGGCACUGAGAAUUGCCAAAGAAUGUAUAGAGAAGAGAUUAGUUGAAGAACAGAAACAGAUUCACCAGCAUCGAAGACUGACAAAAGCUCAGUCUCACCAUGGAUCUGAAGAAGAAAGAAAAAAGAGAAAGAUUUUAGCUCGAAAGAAAUCAAAACGAUCUGCUAUUGAAAAUAGUGAAGAACAUUCUGCAAAAUACAGCAACUCCAAUAAUUCAGCAGGAUCUGGGGCCAGCUCGCCUCUCACAUCCCCGUCAUCACCAACCCCACCCUCUACAGCAGAUGUUCUGGAAGUCAGAGACGCCAGUUCUGCCACGGUGAGCAUGACACCGUGCUGGGGAGAGUUGCUGCAGCUGUUCGAGGCACAGUCGUUGGCUGGCGUUGAUUAUGAGUUGACAAUUCCAUAUUCCCUGAUACUCAAGGUAGCCCCCAGGAGCUCCCAAGAGCGUGACCUGGUGCUCUCGUUACCUGGCUUUCUAGAAAAAACAUGACAAGAAAGUAGCAAGGGACUAGUCUGAGUAACUUCUGGCUGGUGGGGUGUCUCUCCUUAUUGGCUGAGGAUGGUCACUGGUGGCUUGCUGCCAUGUCCUGGGCCAAGACCUGUUUUAGCAGCAAAGUACCUGGCUCACAGGUAUGCUAUCUUUUCCCUGACUGUGUCAGCAGAUUUUACAAGAAAGUCCCCAAAUACUGAUCAAGAGAAAACAUAGACGUGUCUGUCUUUUGUAGAGGUGACCUGAUUAGGCUGAUGAGAACUUCCUGGAGAUCCACUGCCCAGAUCAUGCUGAGCCGUUUUCUAGAAGAUAGGGUAUUAGUUUCACACCACUUAGACAUCUUAAGGAAGUUGGAGGGAAUGAAUAGUGAGAGUCCAUAUUCCCUCCUUUGCCACAUGAGGUGUCUGCUAUACUACAGAGCACCUCACCGUGCCCAUUCGAUGUGGUCCUGGGAAGUUAACUCCUUUUUAAAUGCCUUGGGGAAUUCACAGUUUAUUACCAGAUUUUUGUGAUGAAUCCUCUAAGUUGCCUGUGUUUUGAAUGGGAGCUGUCUCAUACAGCACAGGUUUGCAUGAGAUGAGGUAACUUUCAGAAGGAGAGAAGAAGAGGUAUCUUUUGUAAUUAGAGGCAGUGUUGGAAAAAUUUCAUCUGAGGUGAGUGGAAUCAGUAAGGGGGCGACACUGUGGAUUCGAUGCUACCGGGUCCGAGGAAGAAUCAUAAGGAUUGAGAGGGAACACAUAUGUGAGGCCCCAAGCCUCAAGGCCUGGUAGAAACGUGAGGUUCCCUGCAAAUAUUGGCCCCUUUCCUUUAUCUCCUUUUUGUUGAGGAAAUCAUUGACUCAGCUCCAAGGACUGUACUCUGACCUCUGCUGGGCAUUUAUUGUAAUGCAUCUCUUCAAAGUGAUAGCUAGUGUUCCAGGCCCUGAACGGUGCACCCACAGUGAGUUUAUUCAGUUACUCAAGGUGCAUAUUUUCCGGGAGCCUGCGGUGCGCCAGCGCUGUGGUUAGGCUGGGUUACAGAGAAGAACAGACAGACAAGGUCCCAGGUGGCACGGAGUCAUGCUUCCAGCACCUCUAAGGAGGUCUAAAAUGAUAGACAUAAUUCAAGCAAAUCUUUCCAAGGGGUCCAACCAUGGUAAAUUUCUUCUCCAAGUAGUUUCCCUCUUUAAAUAGAGAACUGUCACCUGAAAAACUAGAAUUCCUUGUAAAGGUAACAUCUCAAACACAACUCAACCUGGGAGCUCUUGAGAACUGCACCUUGGACCAGGGAACCUGAACUUGAGAGCCAUCACUUGCUAGUUGUGGGACCUGGGACAAGAGACUUGACCUCCUUAUGCUUGAGGCUCCCCACUGGUCAAUGAGAAAUAACAGCGCCUGCCCCGGGGGCAAUGCUGAGGUCCAGUGAGCAACCCCUGUGUGGAGUUAGAGCGGCACCUGGCACAGUGUAAGCCCUCAGGACCCUGUUACUCCUUGGAGAUCUCAAAGGACUCACUUUCCACAUUGGGUUUUGGUUACUGCCUCUGUAAAGAGCAAGUGGUAGGAGUUGGAGGAGACCACCGCUCCGUUCUGUGUAAUUAGGCAUGCUCUGAAUCCACGUGGACCCUGCCCUUGGCAGUUUGCUUGGCAGUGGAUCAACUUAGGCAAGUUCAGUUUGACAGUGUUGUGAUUCUUCUCGAAAGCGUCAGUUCUAAGUGCAUUCAUCGUAGCCAAGUGUGGUAUUAAGCUCAGUUGCUUUUAGGAUGGGGCAGAAGUGACAAGUGUUUCCAAGUGAAGGGGUCUUACCCUCAUGAGUGCUUUCUGGCAGUUGUGUAAGGGCUGGGACCCCCCCUUUACUGCACCUCCCUGCCUUGGAGCCUCUUGAGGUCUACACCAGACUGAUGGGGUAAGUAGCAUUUCCCUGUGUCUGCUGGUGAUGCUGUGGGAUUCUCAAAAACUGUUUUGCUGAGAUCCUUAAUUUUUCAGUGAGAACAUUGCUUUCUUUUCUGCUGUAGGUUAUGUUUUCUACCUCUAGAAGGUCAUUCUUUUAAGACCUUUAGAAUUCCUUAUCCUGAUUUAUUUCAUUACAAGUGUCACCAGCUAAUGUUUACAAGCAGUGUCCAUACAGAGUGACUUACAAGGUCCCAAUUUACACACACAAAAACAUUCCCUUCCCCUGCCCCCUGUGGGAACAGACAGGCCUGUUGCCUUACUACUGUGUGGGGUUUAAUUUUUUUAAACAAGUUUGCAAAAGCAUAUUUUGGGGAAGCUAAGUAACAGGAGACCUUAAACUGUUGUUUUUAACAAUCAUCCCUAACAUAUUUAGAGCACUUAUUUUGUGCUAGGCACUAUUUUAGGUGAUGUAUAGCCAUUGUUUCAUUUGAUCAUGAAUAGCUUCUUAUCCAGUGUGAAUGGAUUCUACUAUAGCUCCAUUUGACAGACAGAGAAACUGAGGCUCUAGUGGGGGUAAAGUACUUUGACCCAGGUCACACAAGUGGGGCUUGCUGGAGCCAGGAUUCACAUUUGGUUUGGUCUCUGCCCGUUUACCCUGCCGAUUUUUAUUGCAUGCCUACUCUCUUGGGUGCCCUGCAGGCCCUGUGCUUGAAAAGACCCCUGAGAGCAGAGUCAGAGACCCAGGCAUGAGUCUUAGUGCCACCAUUUUCCCCCAUCACCUUGGACAAGUAAUUUCCAUUCUUUGAAGCAGUCUUUU